GUCGAGCUUGGUAACGCGGGCUUGUAAUCCAUGUGGAGACUAUAAGGUGAUGGGACAUUGGGCCGAUCUCUUUGGGCCGGGUUCGGUUAGGCUAUCUACUGGCCUGCCCGUUCCAAGUCGGGAGUUGACUGUUCGUACUCGAGCGAAGGCUUGCGGUUCGGACAGUCCUUAGAGCGGAGGAGACUGCGUGAGGCUGGUUUCACAGAGCAGCGUCCACCUCCCGCUUUCGACGGUGGAAGGAUUACGGGCCGGUGCCUACUGAGCCCACUAUGACCCAAUAAGCCGACUCCAAUCGGACCAUCACUUUUUUUUUUUGUAAGCCCAUCAUUACAAAACCCUAGACAAGACAAGAAUCAUUCCUUUCUUCUCCUCCGAUCUCUAUUGAUUGUCAAGUACAAUUUUUUUUUUUUGUGUUCUGUUCAUUGGUUGGGUUGAUAUUCGAGUAAGAAUGAAACCAGUGAUAGGCACAGUGGUAUCGAACAAGAUGCAGAAAUCAGUAGUCGUAGCCGUGGACAGACUGUUCCACAACAAGCUCUACAACCGCUACGUCAAGCGCACUUCCAAGUUCAUGGCUCACGACGAGAAAGACUCCUGCAACAUCGGCGAUCGAGUAAAGUUAGAUCCUUCGAGGCCAUUGAGCAAAAAUAAGCAUUGGGUUGUUGCUGAGAUCAUCAAGAAAGCUCGCAUCUAUUCUCCUCAAGCUGUCGCCGCUGCUAUUGCUGCUUCUGCAUCAACUUCCUCAGCCUCCGUUGCUGAUUCUACUGCUCAGUCUCAGGCUCCUCCAUCUUCUUCUACUUCUUCUUAAUCUUGCUUGCAGUUUUGUUAGGAGUCCGCACAUGCAUAGAGAAGGGAGAUGUGUGUCUUGGCUACUGUAUUUCAUGAGCUACUAAGGAAGACAGCUUUGUACCGAUCUAAGUUGAUUUUUUCAGGAUGAUGUCUACGAUAUUUUGGUUUUCCUGGGAUGAUUACGAGUCAUUUGAUGGUACUAAUAGAUAAUGUAGUGAAAAAUUCAUGAAUAAGACUGUUAGUAAACUCUCACUUGGUGAGCUUUUAAUAUCUUGUUAUGCCAUUUUGGUACCAUAUGUGCAUGAUGUAAUGCUUCUUUAUUCUACAAAUGCACAUAACUCUUCACAUGUGUGUGGCCAUUUCAAUUUUGACCAAGUCAAGUUGCAACAUAA